ACCUAUUAUUAUGAAAUUGCCAAAAAAGAGGCGAUCCAGAGAUUCUCUUUGCCUGUGCUGGCUUCCCUUGUGAUCCAGAUGAAGAAUAGGUUGAAAAUGCGGUACCUCCCUUGGCAAUGCAAGACAGAAAAGCAACUGUCGCUUCCGAACAGCAGGGACCGAGUCAAUUCAGCCUGCAAGAGGAGAAGGCUCCAGCGCUCAGAGACUUGCCUGCGAGUUGGACCGGCGGGCAGAGGGUGCCCUCCGCCCACACCGGACCCCUUCAGCAGCCUGCCCUGGAGUAGUUAACUCUGUGGAGAGAAGCAGCUGAGAUGAAUUAAUCAGAACACUUGAAAACGUCUUUCCAUUUUCCUUUUUCUUUUUUUUUAAAUUUAUUUUGUUUUCCAAAAUGAGCAUUGUUAUGAAGCCGAGAUCCAGGUCUACAAGUUCCCUGAGGACCACAGAGGCAGUUUGCUUUGAUGUGGACAAUGGCACAUCUACGGGACGGAGUCCCUUGGAUCCCAUGACCAGCCCAGGAUCUGGGCUCAUUCUCCAAGCAAAUUUUGUCCACAGCCAACGCCGGGAGUCCUUCCUGUAUCGAUCCGACAGCGACUAUGACCUCUCUCCAAAGUCCAUGUCCCGGAACUCCUCCAUUGCCAGUGAUAUACAUGGAGAUGACUUGAUUGUGACUCCAUUUGCUCAGGUCUUGGCCAGCCUACGAACUGUGCGAAACAACUUUGCUGCAUUAACGAAUUUGCAGGACCGAGCCCCUAGCAAAAGAUCACCCAUGUGCAACCAACCAUCCAUCAACAAAGCCACCAUAACAGAGGAGGCCUACCAGAAACUGGCCAGCGAGACCCUGGAGGAGCUGGACUGGUGUCUGGACCAGCUAGAGACGCUGCAGACCAGGCACUCUGUCAGUGAGAUGGCCUCCAACAAGUUUAAAAGGAUGCUGAAUCGGGAGCUCACUCAUCUCUCUGAAAUGAGUCGGUCUGGAAAUCAAGUGUCAGAAUAUAUAUCCAACACUUUCUUAGAUAAGCAACAUGAAGUGGAAAUUCCUUCUCCAACUCAGAAGGAAAAGGAGAAAAAGAAAAGGCCGAUGUCUCAGAUCAGCGGGGUGAAGAAGUUGAUGCACAGCUCUAGUCUGACCAACUCAAGCAUCCCAAGGUUUGGAGUGAAAACUGAGCAAGAAGAUGUGCUGGCCAAGGAACUAGAAGAUGUGAACAAAUGGGGUCUUCAUGUUUUCAGAAUAGCAGAGUUAUCUGGUAACCGGCCUCUGACUGUUAUCAUGCACACCAUAUUUCAGGAACGGGAUUUAUUGAAAACAUUUAAAAUUCCAGUAGAUACGUUAAUUACGUAUCUUAUGACCCUGGAAGACCAUUACCAUGCCGAUGUGGCCUAUCACAACAACAUCCAUGCUGCAGAUGUCGUCCAGUCGACCCAUGUGCUCUUAUCAACACCUGCUCUGGAGGCUGUGUUUACAGAUUUGGAGAUUCUUGCAGCAAUUUUUGCCAGUGCAAUCCAUGAUGUAGAUCACCCUGGUGUGUCCAAUCAAUUUCUGAUCAAUACAAAUUCUGAGCUUGCCUUGAUGUACAAUGACUCCUCUGUCUUGGAGAACCAUCAUUUAGCUGUGGGCUUCAAGUUGCUUCAGGAAGAAAACUGUGACAUUUUCCAGAACUUAACCAAAAAGCAAAGACAAUCUUUAAGGAAAAUGGUCAUUGACAUUGUACUUGCAACAGAUAUGUCAAAACACAUGAAUCUCCUGGCUGAUUUGAAAACCAUGGUUGAGACUAAGAAAGUGACUAGUUCUGGAGUUCUCCUUCUUGAUAACUACUCUGAUAGGAUUCAGGUCCUUCAGAAUAUGGUGCAUUGCGCAGACCUGAGCAACCCCACCAAGCCACUGCAGCUCUACCGCCAGUGGACAGACCGCAUCAUGGAGGAGUUCUUCCGCCAAGGAGACCGAGAAAGGGAACGUGGCAUGGAGAUCAGCCCCAUGUGUGACAAGCACAACGCAUCUGUGGAGAAGUCACAGGUGGGCUUCAUAGACUACAUCGUUCAUCCUCUAUGGGAGACGUGGGCAGACCUCGUCCACCCCGACGCCCAGGACAUUUUGGACACUUUGGAGGACAAUCGUGAAUGGUACCAGAGCACAAUCCCUCAGAGCCCCUCUCCUGCACCUGAUGACCCAGAGGAGGGACGGCAGGGUCAACCCGAGAAAUUCCAGUUUGAACUGACCUUAGAGGAGGAUGGCGAGUCGGACACCGAGAAGGACAGCGGCAGCCAAGUGGAGGAAGACACUAGUUGCAGUGACUCCAAGACUCUCUGCACCCAAGACUCUGAGUCUACUGAGAUCCCCCUAGAUGAGCAAGCGGAAGAGGAGGCAGUAGCGGAAGAGGAGAGCCAGCCGGAAGCGUGUGUCAUAGACGACUGUUCCCCUGACACGUAACAGGACAAAGGCUGUCAUGCUUUUUUUUUUCUUUCAUUUUUUUUUUUUAAGUAGAAAAGUUUGUUUCCAAAGUGCAUGUCACAUGCCACAACCAUGGUCACACCUCACUGUCAUCUGCCAGAACGUUUGUUGAACACAACUGACCUUGAUGACUCAGUCUGGCGCUCAGGAAUAUCGUAACCAGUUGCUUCACCUCCAUGUCGACAGAGCAACGGGGACACCUUCACGAACAGCAUUUUCAGGAGAUGUCAGCUUGGCAGAGAGCUGGGCAUGCGGAGAAAAUCAACUCCAACACGCGUUUGAGGGAGCAUGGCUCAGUGGGCAGCCCUAAAGCAGACAGAUUGGGGAGUUGUUAUGUUGCAAUAUUUUCAAAAGAGAAAACAAAGGCAUUACACGGAGCAGACGUUAUGGAUGAAGCCGCAGAUGUUAAGAACAGGACACAGUACAAAUCUGUUACCGCAAGGAAGAUGAGCCACAGAAAUCGCAUACUUUUCUAAUUUCAAGUCUUCCUGAUACAUGACUGAAUAGUGCAGUUCACCGAGCUGCACUGACCUCGACAUUUUGUAUGAUAUGUAAAACAGAUUUUUUUGUAGAGCUUACUUUUAUUAUUAAAUGUAUUGAGGUAUUCUAUUUAAAAAGAAAAAAACUAUGUUCAGAACUUCA